CUGAUUAAAACCAUCAGUGUGUAACCUGCAGGUGUGAAUCACUACAAUGAGAUCAAAACCAUCAGCAUCUGUGAGUUCCUCCCUCCUCACCUCGUCUUGUACAUUGACCAACCAGCAGAGGAGGUGCAGAAGAAGCUCAAGCAGAGCGGGAAGCCCCACCUGCAGAACAUUUCCCUGCAGUAUCUGAAGAGCGUAGAGGAUUCCUACAAGAAGUCUUUCCUCCCUAGCAUCAGGGAAACCUCUGAACUGCUGGUCUAUGAUAUGACCCAAGUUCAGGACGCUGAGAGGAUUGUGGAGGACAUAGAUUACCUGAAGUUCGACAAGGGGCCGUGGCCGGAGCAGGACGACAUUAGCUACCACCACAUGAGGAAACUAGUGCAGGACAAAGAGAGGGUCGGCUCGCUCACCCACAUACCCGUGUUCCUGCCGGAGAUCACCAUCGGAGCCCACGACUACGACCAGAAGUACUACGCUUACAGAGCGCUGCCUGGGAAGAAUUACGCUCGUGGCUACAAUGCAGAUGUUGGAGACAAGUACAUCUGGCUCAAGUGAAUCUUCUUUUCUUUCACCUUUCAUGUUGACUGAUCUGCUAAUAGAACUCAGUUAUGUUGUACAGUCUGAGGAAAAACUAUGUAUUAAAAGAAAUAUUCAAAUUAAAA